AUGGUGGGACUUCCCAAGUUUGGAGUACUCAAAUCGAAGUGCAAUGACAGCUACUUGCGCUAUAUCAAUGAAAUUGGUUCCCCGAUACGUUCCUUUCUAAAAUAUUCAGGACAAGAGAUUCUUAGUCCAUUCACAAAGUUCGAGUUCGAGCAAGCUAAAUCAGACCCAUCUUUAUUCCAUAUAAAAUGUUGUUACAACAAUAAGUACUGGGUUAGUUGGGCUUGUGACCACGGUUUUAUUAUAGCCGGAGCUGAGGACAAAGAGGAAGAUAGAUCCAAAUGGACAUGCACGUUAUUCCGUCCCAUUUAUGAUAGUAGUCAGCAAUCCUAUCGAUUUCAGCAUGUCCAUCUUGGUCUCAACGUGGUGUUGUGGAGGGCUGGUUCUCAUUUUAGAGAUUGCUUACGUGCACACUUGUCAACUCCUGAUAGACACCUUUGUGAUCUCAGUAUAGUUAUCGAUUGGGAAUCAAUGUGGUUAUUACCAAAGUUCAUUGUUUUUAAAUCGGAAAAUGGUUUUUAUCUCUCGGGUCGCAGACGUCAUAACCUUCCAUAUUUACAGUUUUUAUCCCAAAGUCUUGAAGAUCCUAGCAUUAUGAUGGAGACUGUCUUCACAAAUGAUGGAAAAUUUCGCAUAAAGUCCAUUUUCUUCCAAAGAUUUUGGAAACGUGGUACUCUUGAUUGGAUUUUUGCUGACUUGGAUGAUUCUAAUUCUCAAGAUCCCGAUGCUUUGUUUUCACCGAUUAAACUUUCUCCCCUCGUUGUUGCUCUACGUAACUUGGGUGCUGACAAAUUCAUUAAAAGAUACACUAAUUUCGGCAUAGAAAGCGGUCUCAAUGCUGCUGUCUCAGAGAUUGAUAAAUUUUCACACUUGCGAAUAAUUGAGCCUGUUUUUUCGAGAGAAAUCAACAAUGUGGUGUUUUAUCUUUCUGAGGCAAAAAUCUAUAACGAAGUUGUUAUCAUGUUAGCAACUAGAGAAGCUAGAAACAAUUUCAACGUACCCAACACUGCACGUAUCACUUUCUCAUAUAUAGACAAUAGAACCAGCUCAUGGGCUUCUUCAAUCUCAACCAAAUUGGAUGUCAAGACUAGAAUUAAGUCGAGAGUUCCCCUCGUUAGUGAUGGAAGGAAGUUCGAUAUAUCGUCAGCUAAAUUUGAUGAAGAAUACAAAUGGGGAGAAAUUAUAACAGUUUCAAAGCCAAAAGAGGUAAUAUACGAGACAAUUAUACCACCAAACAGCGCUAGUGUCAUUACCUUAAUAGUAACUAAGGGAUCAUAUGAGAUUCCAUUCUCGUACAAACAAGCCGACGUCCUCAUAGGUGGGAAAGAAGUUGAAUAUCAUUUAGAGGAUGGUAUUUACCGUGGCACCAACUUCUACGACCUUAAAUAUGAUGUUAGGACUAGAAACAUUUGUGGAGGUCCGAACGAAUAA